UCCUCGCCCCGCCCUCCUCACCGACGGCGGCGGCGUGGAUCUGGAGCGGAUCUGGCCUAGAGCUCGACAGCACCGACCGGACCUCACCCGGCGCGGGGUGGUGCCGACUGGACCUCGCCCGGCGCGGGUGGCGCCGGAGGACAUGGAGCUCUGGCGGCGGUGGAAGAAUCCGAGCUCGGCAUGGCAUCCUCCUCCCCCGGCUUUGUUUCAACUUUUUUAAGAAUCCAAGCUCUGCACAUGUGUUUGUUUCAGCUUUUGAAGCAUUUGUUUUAGCUUUUUCAAGUGAGUUCCUCGCGUCCUUGUUAAGGGACGAAAGCCUUAGCGAAGGAACGAGGGCCCACACCCUCUCUCCUCCACGACAUCACACAGCCUAUGUGGAGAGGUUAAAGCAGCCCGCCACGGUGGUACACUGUGAAGGGCCUUAGAAAGUCUUAUCACCUGAAACGCAGGUAGUAGUAUUCUAUACUGCAGUUUUGUUUUAUUUUUUUUAAAAAAACAAUAAUCAUGUGAACAGAACAGAUAGUACUGUUAUCUGUUGGCACUUAGGGCUUUUUGGCGACCAGCUGCUUUGAGAUUCGGACAGGACACGAGUCGCACGAAGGGACAUGCCCCUUCCGGAUCAGAGGGGUCCCGUGCUAUCCGUGUUAAAUUUCCUUGCACCACUUGCGUUGUUCGAACGCGACGGCGCGGCACUGAUCGUGUCUCCUCCCCUCCCCCAUCCGCCUCACUCACUAAACAACUCCGCGUCGAUCACCCAACCACGCCCGCCGCCGCCGCCGCCUCUCGCCGGAGACCUCCUCUCACCACCACCGUCGUCAUCGUCGUCGUCACCCUCCUCCUCCUCCACCGCUCCGGGUUGAUCUACUUCGAAGCCGAGCCUCCAUGCCGGACGCCAGGUCCGCCGCCGAGAAUGCAAGCCGCCACCACCACCACCACCACCGUGCCCACGCCAUCGCCGACCGCUCGGAGCGUGGGUUGCCUGAGGAGCAUUCACGGGGCAGCGUGGACGAGCGGUUCGUCUUCCCAUGGAUGGGGAUUCUGGUGAACGUGCCUACCGAGUGGAAGAACGGGCGGCAGGUUGGGGAGAGUGGGAACCGCCUCAAGGAGGGAUUCGCGCGGUUCUGCCCACACAAGGUCAUCCCGUUGUGGAAUCACAGGGGUCACACGGGGAACGCCAUUGUGGAGUUCGCCAAAGACUGGACCGGUUUCGAGAACGCGCUCGCGUUCGAGGUCCACUUCGAGCAACAAGGGUAUGGCAGGAGGGCAUGGAUGGGGAACAAGUACAGGGGGUCACAGAUGUUUGGGUGGGUCGCCAGGGCCGAUGAUCACAACUCUCCGGGGCCGAUUGGGGUUUAUCUGCGCAAGAACGGUGAUCUCAAGACUGUUGCUGAUCUUGAGAAUGAAGGAACACGCAAGACUGACAAGCUUGUUGCCAAUUUGGCUAGCCAGGUUGAGGUCAAGAAAAGGCAUGUGGAGGAGCUUGAAUCUCAGUACAAUGAGACCACAGCGUCACUUGAAAGGGUGAUGGAGCAAAGGGAGCAGCAGCUCCAGGCUUACAAUGAAGAAAUUCGUAAGAUGCAAGACCUUGCGCUCAGACAUUCACAGAGGAUCAUGGAUGAGAAUAAGAAGCUGCGUUCAGAUUUGGAAUCCAAGAUGCAACUACUUGACUCAAGGUCCAAGGAGCUUGACAAGCUAGCUGUCCAAAGUAACUCUGACAGAAUGAACCUUGAGAAAGAGAAGGAAAAGAACGAUAUUAAAACUAAGCAUCUUAAGAUGGCAACAUUGGAGCAACAAAAGGCAGAUGAAAGUGUGCUGAAGCUUGUGGAAGAACACAAGAGGGAGAAACAAGCUGCUCUAGACAAGAUUCUCAAGUUAGAGCAGCAGUUGAAUGCUAAGCAGAAGCUUGAGUUAGAAAUACAACAGCUUCAGGGCAAAUUGGAAGUAAUGAAGCAUAUGCCAGGUAAAGAAGACUCCGAAGCGAAGAGUAAAAUACAUGAACUCAGUGAGGAGCUAAAAGAUAAGUAUGCUGAAAUGGAAUCAAUAGAGUCACUCAAUCAAGCACUGGUUAUCAAGGAAAGACAAAGCAAUGAUGAGCUGCAACAUGCCCGGAAGGUGCUGAUAGAAGGCUUCCAAGAUAUUAUAGUUGGUCGAACAAAUAUAGGCAUCAAGAGAAUGGGUGUGAUUGAUUUCAAAGCAUUUACAAAUGCUUACAAACAGAGAUCCUUAGAAGAGGAUGCAGAUGUUAGUGCUGCAGAGCUUUGUUCUCUCUGGGAAAAUGAGAUUAAAAAUUCAGACUGGCACCCUUUUAGGGUUGUCAUGGUCGACGGUAAAGAGAUGGAAAUUCUUUCUGAAGAUGAUGGGAAACUUUGCGAACUUAAAGAAGAGCAUGGUGAAGAAAUCUGUGCCAUGGUAACAAAAGCACUGCUAGAACUUAACGAGUACAACCCCAGUGGCCGCUAUCCUGUACCAGAGCUUUGGAACUUCAAGGAGAACCGGAAAGCAACACUCAAAGAGGUCGUCCAAUACGUCCUCAAUCAGUGGAAGAAGAACAAGAGGAAGCGUUGAGCCCAGGGGUAUAACUCCUAAUGAUGAGUCGGCUAGACUGAUUAAAAGCAUUGUUAUGGCAUGGACAUUGUGAAUGCCUGCUAAUUUUAGACUGAGGGGUUCGAUCUAUCUGUGUUUGUAUGUUGCUGUUGAACCAAUGAUCCUCUGUAGGUAUGGUAUGCUCCAUAUCUAUGUGGUUGGGCGCUGAUCUGCAAAUUAACUUACAGAACCACUGCGACCAAGCUUGCAGUUCAUAUGGAGUAUAUUGAUUUGUUUUGCAAUGCUUGCGUGAUUCUUGACCCAGUAAACUGUUCUGAACAUUCUGCCA